CAGUAAACAUCGCUACUCAAACACAAAACAACAAUCAUUAUGUCAUCAUAAUUUACUAAAAAAAUAUAUGUGAGCAUUUGUAUAUAAGCGGUGAGACCGGGUCAUGUCUCAAUUCGAAACACACCCUUUGAAGUAAAUAGAUCACGGAGUUGAAAACCAAAAUGUUCAAGAAAUUAUUCGUCAUUGUUUUGGUCGCCAUGCUGGCUAAAAAUGGCAUGCAAGAAUCUGCAGGAACGGGAGGUGGCGCUGGUGCAGGUUUUGGUGUAGGCGCCAGUGCCAAUAUGGGAGCUAAUGCUGGAGGGUCUGCGGGCAAUGGAAGUGGUGGUGCUAGCGGAGGUGCAGGGUUCAAUGCUGGUUUCGGAGCCAACGCAGGUGCAGGGGCACAGGGACAGGGCAGUGGAAAGUGA